UGGAGGAGGGAGAAGAAUAGAAUGGAAGGACUUCACCUUAAUGUUUUGCUUAUUUAAACAUUCUGUCAAAAAUGGAAAUUUAAAUCUGGGUAGUAUAUCUAUGGGCUGAUUAAUAUUCUCUGAAUUUUUAUGCAUGUGUGAAACAUUUCAUAUUUGUGGGAAAAAAAGAAAAAAUGGACCUGGAUCAACAGGGAUCAGAUAAUUGGGACCUGAAAUGCUGCUAUGUGCUGAAGUGUAUCUUAAAUAGACACAAAAAUGGGCUAGUAUCUCUAUUUUGGAAUCUGAUCAGUAACUACUUUUGGUUAUGUUAACCGGAACAAAGUAUAUCAGAUGACUGGAUGGUUUCUUCAACUUCUUAUGCUAGCAUUUUUCAUUGCUCCUUAGGUCAGCUGCAACUUGGAACCUCAUCUAAGGGGCAAUGUGUAUGUUCAGUACCAGUCGGAGGAAGAAUGCCAAGCAGCCCUUUCUCUGUUUAAUGGACGAUGGUACGCAGGACGACAGCUUCAGUGCGAAUUCUGCCCAGUGACUCGGUGGAAAAUGGCAAUCUGUGGGUUGUUUGAAAUACAACAGUGUCCAAGAGGGAAACACUGCAACUUUCUUCAUGUGUUUAGAAAUCCCAACAAUGAAUUUUGGGAAGCUAAUAGAAACACCUACUUAUCUCCUGAUCAGACUGGCUCUUCCAUUGGUAAGAACUUGGAGAGGAGAGAGAGGGUGGGCCACCAUGAUGAAUACUAUGGCAGGCCAAGAAGAAGAAGAAGCCCUAGUCUAGACCACUCCUACAAGAGAAAUGGGGAGUCUGAGAGGAAGAGGAGUAGUCACAGUAGACAUAAGUCUCACAAACACACAGCAAAGAGUCGCGAGAGGCACAGUUCACGAAGCAGAGGAAGAAAAAAGGACCGCAGCUGGAGUCGCAGCCGCAGCCGCAGCCGCAGCCGUAGGAGCAGGAGCCAACAGAGCCAGAGCUCAUCCACGUCCAGGAGCCAUGGGGGAAGGAGGUCGGGGAGUAGAGACAGAACCACGCAGAGCCCCAAAGCCAAAUAAACUCGUUUUGUUCCCAAAUGAUUGUGUGUCUAUUAUGACUGCUACUCACCUGGAUAGAGAGCACUGAGCUCAGAUGGGUUUGCAAGUCUGGUCCAACCCUAUGAAGCCUGAAAUCUUUUCUAAAAACUUUUUGAAAAUCACAAACUGUAUUUAGUAUAGAAAACAUAAACAUAUAAAUAACCUGAAAAUUACUCCUGAUUCUAACCCUGAGAUAACCAAUUAACACUGGAGCAUUGCUAUAAGUCUUUCUUAUGCACAUUUACA